CAGAACCGAACCUACAGCCGCCAUAGCGACCUUUGACUCAAGCUCAAGCUCAAGCUCACGCACUGAAACUGAAAGGAGCCAAGCUUUGUUGAAAUUGUACGGACCGGCCUCGAUCCUAUUCAAACAAAAUCUUGUUUAGAUUUCAAUGAAGGACCACAGCGUCGACCACACAAUAAAUCUAGAACACGAACACGAACACGAACAGGAACAAGAACAAGACUCAUUACAUAGGAUUCUCGUACCUGACGUACGCGAUCUCCCUCUCACUCCUCCCUCUGCCAUUGAAUCCAAUUUCGUCUCCUAUUUCGCUCCAGAUUUCACGAAGCCAGGACACGAUCAGUACGUUUAUCGCCAUGCCAAUGGAUUGUGUGUGAUUGGAUUGGCUCGGACGCAUGUGGCGUUUAAAGAUACAAGUGGUAUCACGGCCGUUGAUUUCAACGUUGGGAAGUCUGAUCGCAGCGGCAUCAAGGUCACCGGAAAGCGCAAGAAGAAUGCACAGCACUUUGAGUCCAACUCAGCUUUGUGUAAAGUUAACACGGAUGAUGCUUCUUAUAUUGUGAGAUGUUGUGUGAAAGGCUCUCUAUUAGAAGUCAAUGAUAGGUUAAUCAAGCAGCCGGGAUUGCUUAAUUCAUCGAUAGAGAAGGAUACAUUGCCAUUAUCAUGCCAAAACCAGCAGAUUGGCUCAAAGUCAAGGGAUCGUUACUGGGCCUUGAAGAGUAUAAGAAAUUGAGAGAAUGUUAAAUCAUUGGGAUGUGUUAUUUACACAGGUCUGGGCUUGAGAGUAAAAUGGAACUGAGAGAAGUGUUGCUCCCCAUGGCAGUGCAUUUGUGUUCCCCUUCACCGGUUCAUUUGAUGGCCCUCCCAGGUUAACCUCACUACUGGUGACGAGCUUGAUGAUAUUAAUGCUUCUCACAUUUUAAACCUUCAUUGGAAAUAUUCAUCUUGUUCCUCAGUAUUCUGUAUUAUUAUUAUUAUUAUUUUUGUAGAAUGUAUUCUGUUUAAUUAUUUUGUCAUGAAAUAAUUUUUGCAUGAUUAGAAUUAAAAUAAUAAAAAUAAGUCUUUUCUCUUAGUAUUAA